AUGGCUUCGACUCGUGCAUUUGGAAUUUUCAAUCAUCAAAACCGAACAAAUGGAAACAACAUCUUGGGAAAAAAUGCUCAGCUAUUGAAACCUGGCGAGACUCGCACGACGGCAGCCUUCGCCCUGAAGGAUCUCACUAACAGCAACAAGGCUCAGCGUAUUUCAGUGCACCAGGAUGGAAAGGAAAAGGCCGCCAGCAUACACGGAAAAUCGUUGAAAUCCACCACGAACAGCGUGUUGCAAAUGAUAUGCAACGACAUGACGAAGGACACCCCUAAGAAACCAUCACAUAUAACGGAGGAUACGUUCGCGCCGCAAAAUGCCGAAUAUGCCUGGGGUCAGGCGGCUUGUCUGCGAGAUGAUCUCCUGGAGCAGAUGAUCGACUUCGUUGGGAUGCCUUGCGAGAUCAAACGAAAGCCACUAAAACCCACGCCACCGAAGGAUCCGCUGGAUCUGCCGGAUCUGAUGUGGGAUGACUACGCGUGGCCAGCUUCGAGGAAGGACCGAUUUGAUCCAGUCAAACCAAUGGAUCUGCCCGAAGAUGAUUUACCCCUGAAGGAUAUUCAAGAGUUGGAAUUCUUAUUCUAAUAUGUGUUUAUUUUCGUUUCAUUUGUACAGUAUUUUUAAACGUUAGUGUAUCUGAUAUCCUUUUUCUUCGAGUAGGAGGAGUGUACCAGUUUGCGCUAGAAUACAUGUUGUGAAUUUUCUA